UAAGCUCUGAUUUUUUUUUUUAAGUGUCUGGAUACAGGCAAGAAUAAUGGUGGACAUUAUAGGGAAGAAAACGUUUGUUUUGUAUAAUAACUUUUUAACAGUUAGUACCAUCCAGUCAUUGAAGGUGCUACCUUGGGAGUAUACAGAAAAAUUGAGCAAAUUAAAAUGACCAAUGACCGCCACCACCAACAAAAAGCUGUCCCAUGCUAUGUGUCCUAUGGUGGCCUUAUCUAAUGCACUCUUCUGACUAUAGAAUGGUCGGUGCUUUUCAUCGUCUUACAGUUAUUGUCCAACUGUGUAAAUUGGAGACAAUGGGUAGUAACGAAAGUGCUUCUCUCCAUGGAGAUGAAAAGAACUUUGUCUGCAGGAGAAGUGCAAGCUCUCCCACCUCCCCAAAGCUAGUUUUGCACAGGCUCUCUUACCCUCUCCCCCAAGCCAGUUUUGCACUGAGUAACCUAUUCAUACCAGCGUUCCUGCUGUUUGUCUGUGGAUCUGACAAACACUCCUUACUGGUUGCUUUAUUAAUAAGCUAAAAAAUUGAAAUAUAUUCAUUUUAUAUUUUCAUGAGAGCCACAAUUUUACCCUGUUAAAAUCAAUUAUGUUUUUAAAAAUAAUUUUUUGAGACUUUAAAAAAAUAUUACUUGUAUGAGUGUUUUUUGCCUGUAUCUAUCUGUACACCACGUGUGCAGUGCCUGUAGAGGCCAGAAGAGGGCGUUGCAUCCCCUAGAACUGGAGUUAUAGGCUGUUGAGAGUCAUGCGGAUGCUGGGAAUUGAAUCCAGAUCCUCCAGUCAGUGCUCUUAACCGCUGAGCCAUCUCUGCAGUCUGAAAGCAAUUAUGUCUUAGCAGGAAUCCUUGGUAAACUCUUCAAAAUGAAUCCUUAUUCCUUCCUCACCGCUACACUUCUGCCCAGACUUCAAAUGUCUACACUUUAAGAGUGUUUCAGUGUAAUCCCUCUUACUGGAGAGGUUGAAACAGGAGAAUGGCAAGUUCAAAGCUUGCCUGGGCAAUUUAGGAAGAGUCUGUCUGAAAGUAAAACAAAAGAGCUGGUGCUAGAGAAUGAGCUCAGAGGUGGAAUGUUUAGCAAGUGUACGCAGCCUUAGGGUUUACGACCACCAGGGGGCGUGGAGGUCUUCGCAGUCCGCGUGUGGCACAGUGGCAGGAGGUGAGAAAAGGGAUCAGAGUUGAGAACCACAGGGCUGGCUCAUACAGCCCAAGCCCUGCCUUGCUUGAUGAUCUUUAUGGCAGCGGAGGAAGUCAGUAGGAGAGAGUGCACAUCUCAGAGGGCAAAGUCCGGUUGGAAUUAAGAAAGUAUCUAGGACCUUUAAAACUGAACGCAAAGCGCAAGAUCCUUUCCGAACUUGAGACCUAAGUCUUCGCUGGCUCCAAUUGUUGACCACCACCCCGCUUGAAAUGCCAUUUGUUACCCACAACCAAAUAGGGAGGACACGGGGGUAGGGGCACGGUUGAAGAGGGAAGGACAGUGAGAGGAACCACACUUUUCCAAAAAUUCUUCAAAUGCCGAGGCUCUUUAACAGCUAGGGGAUGUGUGGGGCUUAAGUUUUCCAAACCAGACGUCUCUCUCCUACAACCCUGCCCUGUAGUUACAAGUCAGUGGCUUCUUUCCUCACACAGGCUUCGCAGCAAACUGCUAAGUGGUUUCUGAUUUAUGGCUACGGAAACGGAAUCCUCUUGAGGAACAGGAUUUCCCUAACAGUUAUUUCAAUUGUUAGUAAAAAGUGACGGAAUCGCCUACACGUCUCCGAGAGGCACCGUGGCUACCAGCUGCAUAACCCCCCAAAUUCCUCGCCGCAGCCGAAUCCACUGCGUCUCUUCUCCAGUUAUGUUCUCUGCAACAGGUCUCUAAGAACCGCGCAGUUCUGUACGUCGUAGAUUCCUUCUUUGAGGCGGAAUAUCUCUUGGGCAUCAUCAGAACAUUACCCCCAACCCCCAAUCAAAGGGAGCAGGAACCAGCUUGUCUUUAACGGGACGAGUCCGCGGAGGGCAGUACGGAAAAUAUGGAGUCGAAGCCAGGCAGAUCUCUUCUCUUUUUCUCUGCCCUGCGGUGCUGGGGACCCCCGCGAAGGCUUCUGCUUCUUGGGAUGCCAGGACGCACCGGGUGGCGCUGGAGCGCGUGCGCGGGCCCUUUAAGCAGGAGCGCGGGGCGCGGCCCAGGUACGGGGCGGGUCGAGGGGCGGGCGGGCGCUGAGCCGGCGCUGGUCCGGGAGCCGGAUUUGGAGCGCGGCGCCGGCGGGGGCCGGAGGGGGCGGCGCGGCGGACCUCGGUGGCCUCGGACGCUCCUCCUCGUGAACGGCCGCCGCCCGCCUCCGCCUGCGCUAGCAGCUCCCUCGCCCCGGCCGGCACCCGCUGCCGCUGCAGGCAGCUCACCUGGGACGCGCUCACCUGGGACGCGGUGCUCGCCGCCGCCCGCACUUGGGCCAGGAUGAAGGACCGGCUGGAGCAGCUGAAGGCCAAGCAGCUGACCCAGGAAGAUGACACUGACGAGGUUGAGAUUGCUAUCGACAAUACAGCCUUCAUGGAUGAGUUCUUUUCUGAGAUUGAGGAAACUCGGCUCAACAUUGACAAGAUCUCAGAGAGUGUGGAGGAAGCGAAGAAGCUCUACAGUGUCAUUCUCUCCGCACCGAUUCCAGAGCCAAAAACCAAAGACGACCUUGAACAGCUCACGACUGAGAUCAAGAAAAGGGCCAACAACGUCCGGAACAAGCUGAAGAGUAUGGAGAAGCAUAUUGAAGAAGAUGAGGUCCGGUCAUCAGCAGACCUUAGGAUCCGAAAGUCCCAGCAUUCCGUCCUCUCCCGGAAGUUUGUGGAGGUGAUGACAAAGUACAACGAGGCUCAGGUGGACUUCCGGGAACGCAGCAAAGGGCGCAUCCAGCGGCAGCUUGAAAUUACUGGCAAGAAAACAACAGAUGAGGAGCUGGAAGAGAUGUUGGAGAGUGGUAACCCUACCAUCUUCACUUCUGGGAUCAUCGACUCACAGAUUUCUAAGCAAGCCCUCAGUGAGAUUGAGGGUCGGCACAAGGAUAUCGUGAGGCUGGAGAGCAGCAUCAAGGAGCUCCAUGACAUGUUUAUGGACAUCGCCAUGCUGGUGGAGAAUCAGGGAGCCAUGAUUGACCGUAUUGAGAACAACAUGGACCAGUCAGUGGGCUUUGUGGAGCGGGCUGUGGCAGAUACCAAAAAGGCUGUCAAGUAUCAGAGCGAAGCCCGGAGGAACCCGAUUUCACUCCAGCUUGGCCUGACCAUUCUUGUCUCCAGAUGGGAACGGAGUUCUAAUGGCCUUCCUGAGAACGAGGGGCACCUGUUCCUUUAUUUCCUUGUAGCCACCCUCGGACCUGGCUCAGCAAUCCACCCCUGGAAGAAUCUAACCUACCUGAUGCAGCCCUGAGUUCUCCUCAAAACCACCUCCCACCCUAGCAGCCGAUGUACCCUCCCUCCUGGACUGUGUGAAGCAACCCAGCUUUUCCUUCCUUCUGGUGUGUCUCUUACACCUUGCGCCUUGUAAAGUCCUUGUGAGACCAGCCUGAGGCGCUGCAUUUCUACCUCAUGGAAUAUUCUCCUGGAAUAUACUUUGCAGGGGAGUAACCAACAAAAUAGAGGGGCUCGUCUAAGUCUGGCAGGAGUGUGGCUUGGAUCAGAGCCCCUGGCUGGCAGAAUGCCAGGCCCUAGUUUGUUGUCCUAUGUCCUGAGAACAUGAGGGACUGACAGAUGCCGUUUUGAGCUUAUGACUUAUUUGAAAUCCACCCUUUAAUUAAGCUCUAAGUUCAGUUUGUGGGCCACUUUGAUUUUUCUCUGUAUUCACUCUUGUUUACUCAGAGGGACCAGGGUGACAGUCCUCUGAAGCUACCAUUGGCAAAGACUGAAGUUAUGGAAUAUGCUUCCAUGUGUGAGUCUUGGACACUGGCUAGUCACUGUUAGAGAAUCGCUAUUUGUGAAGCCAUGACUUGGAGGCCAAGCAGAACCGAGGAUUUAUAACUGGGCCAGGGACAAGGUGCUAUAGUCUCAGGCUCUGGAAGUGUCCAGAGUGUACUUUUAUAACGGUAUGUGAGAGAUAUGUACAUAAUUGUCUGCCUUUCAGGAAGCAGGAAAACUAGAAGAUACUCUGAGCUCAAAAAAAAAAAAAAAAAAAAAAAAAAAGUGGCAAGGUAAACAACAGAGCCUGGCUAGAAUCAGGUAAGGGAUAUAUGUUUACCUCAAGUGAACCAUUGUAAAAAUGUGAUUUUCACCCUUGUCAUCACGGAGCUUGUUUUCUGGAUGGCUGCUGAGAUGGGAAUCAAAUGAGACCUUUGGAGUAAGGACUGAGAUGAUUCCCACUGAAGUUUCCUGCAGAGAGUAGACAGUGUAAUAUUAAUCCCAGCUGCUGCCUACAAGAGGGUGGUCCAGAGAGCCUCCCCAAACUAUCUGAUGUUCUCCGUACUAUUCACCUGAUGUCCCUCUCUGGCGGGAGGCUUGGGAGGCUAUCGAGCAGCUCUUCCUGCUCUCUUGUCUCCCAUAAUUCUUACCAUGGAGGCAACAGCCUAGAAAUCCUUGUUUAGUGAUUGCAACCCAGUGGUAAGCCUUAGACCUUUGGUGGUCCCUGCCAGUAUCCCCGACUUUGGGUAUUGAAGCCCCAACUUUAAUGCUUUGUGGAACAGGGUGAACAUUCUAAUCCAGGCACUGCCCAUGAGCUUCCUUUGUAAAGACUUUCUCUCCAGUCAUCCAGCACUCAGGACAGAGCCACAGGGAUGCCCUUCUUCCUUCCUAUGGCUGUGACGUCUGACAGGACAUGGGCUCCAGCUAGGAGGGGUGACAAUUCUCAGUGCAGGCCUUCUCUCUCCUCUGACAAUGAUUCAGGGGAUGAAAGUUUGAAAUAAAUGCCACAUGUGAAGGGCUUUUGUUGUUUAUAUUUUUUUAAUGUAAACUUGAUUAUUUUAUUGCUAAUUUAAAAAUAAAUGACUUUAUAUUGAUUCCAAAACAGCUCUGGGUCCAUCUCCCUGGAAACACUUUGGUGAUUUGGUGCCACCAUGUGGUGACUUUUGGUGCCCCUGAAAAAAACUGUCACUCAACUUGCUCUAGUAGGAAGUAGGGGAUCUGAUGGGAUGAUAGCCAGAAGGCAGAAAGGGCAACACACAGAUCCCUGUGGAUCUGAUUUCAAGUCUAACCUGGAAACAUUUGUGUGAACAAGCCAGAUCCAUCCAUUUUCCUUCUGGUGUUUCCUGUCUCCUCCUUCCCUCUUCCGUAUCUAGCUGUACCUGUCUCCUUGUCGUCAGAAUGUGUACCUGCACAGUGAUGCCAUUUCUCAUGUAAUUCUCUCUCCUUAUGAUGAGCAGAAGAAGAUCAUGAUCAUGAUCUGCUGUAUUAUCCUUGCCAUCAUCUUGGCUUCUACUAUUGGGGGCAUAUUUGCCUGAAAAGGUGAGCUGUCUGGGGAGGGCCAGGCCUGCUGUCACUCACUUGACUACUUGUAUUCUGCUUGCUUUCAUUGUAUGCAAACCAGACUGCCUAAUAAGGGGUGGGGGCUGGGCGCAGGACUAGGUCACUGUUAGAGAAAACCAAGGAAAGGGAUGUUUUGGAGAGAAGUAGGUGAAGAAUAAUUGGUGGUAGGUAGUCAGUGAGGGAGAUGGGGAGACAAGGUAGAAUCUGCCCCAUGAUUGAGUCUGGUGGGACAGUGCUUCUGAACAGUAAGGGAUAUUCAUUCCUCUUGUAAAAUCUGAGCCUCUGUAUCUGGAAAUGGUAAGAGGAGUAAGAAUUAACUUGCAUUGAACUUGCCUUAAACCCCUCCCCCCCACUUCCAAGGAUAGGACAAGCCAGUACAGUUUUGAGAGUACUUUCUCACACCUUCAAAGGAGAGGUGGUAUCCUGGCUAUGAAGACCAUGCUGUGUAAUACAUGAUUUUUCUUUCCAUUUUCUGUUACCUCCUUCUGCCCUCACAGAUGGAAUCUCCACAGGCAUCUCCAAUCUUCACCUCUCUGGUGCCAUCACUUCUCCCCUUCAGAGUCCUCAACAGCUAUGCCUCUUUUCAUUAGGAAACUUACAACACAGGGCACCAGUCAACUGCUUAUUAAAUGUCACACAGAGGGAACAAAUUAACGAAAAUGCAGAAUUGAAGGGGGCUGGAUGAAGGAACAGGGAGCACAGCAGUACACAGCUGGUUUAGAUGGUCCUUAAAGGGCAGGCCUGCGUGGUAGAGAAGCAUAAUGGGUCCCUGUUAGGGUACAACACAGACAGCCUGAAUGCCAGGACAGUGGUGGAGAGGCAGGUAUUGUAACAUGCCCAACUCGCAGGGUCUUAAAUUGAACUCCGUGAGCCUGUCUCACUACUUCUAACUCUCGAGGCUCUUUCGGCCUCACCCUUAACCAACCAGAUGUCUGCUUCCUUCUUCAGGGUCCAAGAAUAGUUUUAAAGCAUAGACUGUUUAAGGAUCGGCACCAUGCCUAACUUAAACACUGCCAUGUCCCUGUUGCUUAGCAGUGCCUGCCACUGUCACAUAUUUGCUUACUUGCAGUCAAGCUUUGAUUCCAUUCAUGGAUGAGUCCUUAGGCUGGGUUUUUAAACUCUUUUAAGAUAUGAUUGGGAACAUGGUUUAUUACUAUCAGUGGCUUAUGCAAAAAUACUACAACCCCCUCAUUACCAUAUCAUACACGUUAAAGUGGUUUUUUUGGGGGGGGUGGGUGUUGGUAAGUAGAAGUUGAGUUUCUGUUGGUGGUAUAGAUUUCUAUCAGUAGCCUCUCACUUUGCAGAGAUGGUGGUUGGCUUCAGGAUGGAGGUUCAUUAACUAAAUUUCUUCCUCCGACAAGAAAGAAGUUUAUACUAUGAUUCAGCUCCCAAUAGUUAACCAAACUGGCACACUUUGUGAUCUGUAACAAUGGGAGAUGUAAGGGAGAAAAGUGUGGUCAGGCUAUGGCUCCUGACCACACCAGAUCUGUUAGCAGAAACUGCUAGUCAGUGACAGGUGCAAGAAACUGGUUCAAGCACAUUCCCAAUCCAAGGUUUCAUUGUGUUUUGAUUUAAAAAAUAAUUUACUAAGAGAUUAUUACACUGAAGACACUCAUUAAGAUAAAUUAAAAAACUGGGACUAAAUAUCCUUUUGAAAGUAAGUGAAAUAUUUCUGUUUUUUGUUAGAGAUCUUAUUUUUUAAGAAACAGGAUGAAGAAACAAUGUUUUAUUAGUGUGCUGUUUUCUACUCACUUUCAAAAGCAAGUGGUUUAAUACUGCUAUCAAUUUGUGUUUUAGUUUGAAUAGGGGAUACUGGCUAGCUCAGAAAAACAGAUUAAUCUUGUUACAUACAAAUGGAGCUGGAACCAUGAAGUUUUGGAUCACACGGGACCCUCAUUUAUCCAGCGGUAACUUGUGUGCUCGACAUACAUAAGAGCCUGAAGGGACAGAGAGCCAAAAUGCCCUCCCUCAGACAGUUUCAGACCUAGGAAGCACCAAAGGUUUCAACUUUUGUUAUCAGUUCUUUUGCUAAAUGGUAUACUCCUUGUCAUAUUCCAUGUUUCCCCUUCUGAGACUGACAGAAGAUGGGCAGCUGGGUAUUAAUAAAUAUCUGUUGAACCUA